AUGGACACCCCUGCAUCUCCUGCAGCCAUCCAGAAAGGCAUUUGGGACGGGCGAAUUCCCUUGGAAAUUGUCCUUGCCCCAUCUGAGAGCCGGAGCUAUGACAAGACGGAUGCCUAUCUUAUCUCAUACCCACGCGUCUCAUAUCUUCCCUCGUUGCUUCCAAAGCUUCGAGCCUUUUUCUCUCCAUAUCUGAUUGAGCCUGGGUCUCGGCACCACGAUGGAUGGUUUGCUUUCGAGGGUGUCCCACUGAAAUGGCACUACCCAGUCGGUCUCCUGUUCGACUUGUAUGCUGGAGCAGACCCUGCCACCAAGACCGGGUUCGGCAGCGAUGUCUCCCAGGAGAACGGAUCACCUUUUCCCUGGCGACUGACAGUCCAUUUCAGUGACUGGCCUGUCGAAGAUCUCGUUCGACUCGACGAGAAUGGCAUGGUCAUGAACGAUGCAUUCAUCAACAGCGUCAAAGAGGCUGAUUUCCUUCGAAACGGGACCGCAAAGGGCAUCAUGAGCCUUUCCAAGGAGGACUCAUCGGGUCUUUGGAAGGCAGUAGAAAAUGCGUAUUUCUCACAUUCUGCUACCUCCCCUGUCGCAGCCAUUCCGCAACGUGCCUAUUCGCAUCUUUUUACCGCUGCCACCUGA